UGACAGCUAGACACGCACGCACGCGCACACACACACACACUCGCUUCCUGUGUCACACCUUCACUGUGCAGUUUUCAUCACCCGCGGCUUCAGAAAGUUCUUCAGUCUCAGUUCAGGGUGAAAAUGCAGGCGAUAAAGUGCGUCGUGGUGGGAGAUGGUGCUGUGGGUAAAACAUGUCUGCUGAUCAGCUACACCACCAACGCCUUCCCUGGAGAGUACAUCCCCACUGUGUUUGAUAAUUACUCAGCCAAUGUGAUGGUGGACAGCAAACCUGUGAACCUGGGACUAUGGGAUACAGCAGGACAGGAGGAUUACGACAGGCUCCGCCCCCUGUCCUACCCACAAACGGACGUGUUUCUCAUCUGUUUCUCUCUGGUCAGUCCGGCGUCGUUCGAGAACGUCAGAGCCAAGUGGUACCCUGAGGUGCGGCACCACUGCCCCUCUACACCCAUCAUCCUGGUCGGCACCAAGCUGGAUCUCAGGGACGAGAAGGAGACGAUCGAGAAGCUGAAGGAGAAGAAACUGGCUCCAAUCACCUACCCACAAGGCCUGGCUCUGGCCAAGGAGAUCGAUGCGGUGAAGUAUCUGGAGUGCUCGGCUCUGACCCAGCGUGGACUGAAGACGGUGUUUGAUGAAGCGAUCAGAGCCGUACUCUGCCCUCAGCCCACUAAAGUGAAAAAGAGCUCCUGCUCUCUGCUCUGAGGUCUUCAGGAUUUGACGGGAUGCUUCUAACUUCUAAAGUUUUAAAAUCAAAGAUCAACUGAAACGCUUUUGGUGAAGUUUUAUUACAACAGGAACGCAUAUGUGAUAGUUUCAUUUAGCAAUCAUGAUGAUAAUAAUAAUAAUAAUAAUAAUGAUAAUAAUAGUAGAUAUUUAAAGUAUAAUAGUGUUUCUUUCCAGAGCGGAAGUGUGGGUGUGCUUUUGGACAUGAUCUGAUGUUGUGUUGUGUGUUUUUCUGUGGAUAUAAAAUCCUUUUUUUUGUUAGUAUAAGGCAUGUGGGUGUAGUUUAACCCAAAAAAGCCCCUUGAUGUGAUCAAUGUCUAUAAACAGAGUGUUUCUGUUUUUAAUCUCUAGGACAUAUAAAAUAAAUAAAGCUGGCACAGGAGCUCACACAUGCACUCACAUUUAUUAAUAUGUGUGUGAAAAUAAACGACCCCCCCUAUUUUCCA